AUAACAAAUCAAUUGCACAUGUACAUUUUUCGAAAAAUAAUUGUUUUUUGGCAUAUAAGCCCUUAGAAAAAGAAAAAUACAUAAAUAAAAAUGAAUCUCCUUCCCAAAUCCCACAAAGAGUUCAGUGAGAAAGACUACUGGAAUAAGUUUUUCAAGAAAAGAGGGAACAAAGCUUUCGAAUGGUACGGCGAAUAUCUAGAGCUAUGCAGCCACCUACACAAGUACAUUAAAAGAACAGAUGCAAUUCUCAUACCGGGCUGCGGUAACUCGAGUCUCAGUGCGGACCUUUACGAUAUUGGUUACCCAAACAUAACCAACAUAGACGUAUCAGAAGUUGUUAUCAAACAGAUGAAAGCUGUAAACUCGCACCGAACUAGUAUGAAGUUCCAUUAUAUGGACGCUUUAAAUAUGACCUUUGAAAAUGAUGAGUUUAAUGUAGUGCUGGAUAAAGGUACAUUAGAUGCAUUAAUGCCAGAUGAUAGUAGAGAAACUAUUGAAAGAAUAGACAAAUAUUUUAAUGAAAUUAGAAGAGUUUUGAAAAUAGGUGGUCGUUUUGUGUGUAUAACAUUAUUACAAAGUCAUAUAUUAAGCAAAUUGGUGGAGUUCUUUUGUGAUAAGUCAUGGAUGUUCCGAGUGGUGAGAUGUCAUGAGGCGGAGGAGAAGAAUGCUGAGAAUGGUGACGGUAUGACCUUGCCUGUGUUUGUGGUGGUGGCUACCAAGUUUAAGGAGAUGCCUAAAUUAAUAGUAGAAGUAUGCAUGGCAGGAGAUAAGAUGCAGCGGCUGGAGACGGCUGAGCAGCUGAUGACCUGUGUGAAGUCGGCACAGGAUGCUGCAUUCAUCACCAAUGGGCUCGCCAAGACAUCACUGGAUGGUGAUGAUGAGGUGUCCCUAGAUCUAAUGCUGCCUGGUGAGGAAAUCCCUCGUUACACCCUGUACAUAGUUGAUCAGAAGAAAUCGCAAGCCAUCAACAAAUAUGCAGUCUUCAUUGUGCCACAGGGCAGGGAAUCCGAGUGGUUAUUCGGUACUGCAGCGGGUAGGCGACAGUUGCAGGAUUCGGCUCGGUUCGGCAGACUGGUGGUGGCGGUGCUGCGGCGGGGGCACCUGUUCCAAAGUCUCGACGCGGUCAAGGAGGAGCUGGCACACUCUGCCAAGAUGCUGGUGCCCAACGGAUUCAGUGGCCAGAUACCGUUCCUAUCACUAGGGAGCGACGUGGGUCGCCGCGUCAAAGUACAUGAAGGCUCCAGCAAAGUGUCGGGCGACUACGUGGUGGAGGACGUGGACGUGGAGGGCACCACGUACCGCCGCCUGGUGUUCCUGGACAAUCAGUUCCUGGUGCAGUCUGAGGCAAAACUCAAAACUGUUAAAAGAAAAAACAAGUCGAAGUCAGUGGUGGACUUCGGUCACAUAUCGCCCUACCACUCCUUCAUGUGUGUGGGAGUGCAACUGAGUAGCAGCAAACACGUGGCCGUGCUGGGGCUGGGCGGCGGCAGCCUUUGCAUGUUCCUCAAGAAGUGCUGCCACGAUCUCAAGGUGACAGCAGUAGAGCUGGACCCCGCGAUGUUGGAGGUGGCUCGGGACCACUUCGAGUGCGAGGUGGACGAGCGACUUGAAGUACAUAUCAAAGAUGGCGUCGAUUUCCUGAGAGACGAGGCCACUGCUGGUCACCAGUACGGAGCCGUAUUAUUCGAUAUGGACAGCAAGGAUCGCACGCUAGGACUGUCGUGUCCGCCGCGACAGUUCCUGAACGACGAGGUGCUCCAACAGGUCAACACAAUAUUGACCAAUGAUGGUCAGUUCAUCCUCAAUCUAGUCUGCAGAGACACCAAGCUUCAGGAAACCAUAAUGUCCACUCUAAAGAAGCACUUCAAGCAUCUAGUGACCGUCAAACUGUACGAAGAAGUCAAUGAAAUAGUGUUCGCGACCAAUGCCCAUAGACAAUACUCUAUGGAAAACUUGGAGGAAGCCGCGAGAGCUAUUAACUCUGUGGCGAGGGAUACAAAUUUAGUUAAAAUCAAAUGCGUGGACUUGAAAGACUUUUUGCAAUCAGUCACUAUUGUUUCAUAGGAUUUGGUAAAAUAAAUAUCGUAAAAAUUUAGUUGAAAUCAAAUGCGGGAACUUUAAAGACUUUUUUAUAAUUGUUUUUAUAGUGUAAUAUGGUGAAAUAAAUAUAUUUCGAAAAUUUAAUUAAAAAUAAAUGCGUCUGCUUUAAAAGCCUUGCUUUAGUCAGUUGUUUCAUAGGAUACCGUUAAAAUUUAGUUAAAAUAAAUGUGAAGACUUAGCAGUCAGUUUAUAUUGUUUCACAGGAUUGGUGAACUUUACCAAGUGUCGUCUCAAUCGAAUGAACAAUGUGCGAACGCAAGUAACGAACAGGCAGAAAGACAUAUAAUAAAUUUAUAUAUUUUUAUAUUUAAAGCUACGAAAUGUAUGACUUAAGUAGUUCAUUAAUGCACAGGUAUGGGGUGCAUUAAGAGGGCUCUCUCCGUCACUCGUUUCAUACAAUCGUAGUUCCAAUUUCAUUUGAAUAUUAAGCAACCAAAGUCCA